AUGUCCCAAUAUGAUCUUGUCGUCAUCGGAACCGGCCCGGGCGGCUAUGUAUGUGCGAUCAAGGCGGCUCAGCUUGGUCUGAAAACCGCCGUUGUCGAAAAACGCGCAACCCUUGGCGGCACCUGCCUCAAUAUCGGCUGCAUUCCCUCCAAGGCGCUCCUAUAUGCGUCGGAGAUGUUCGAGGAAGCAGGCCAUGGUUUUGAGAAGCUCGGCAUCAAGGUCUCGAAACCGAAGGUCGAUCUUCCCGGCAUGAUGGAGCACAAGACCGACACCGUGGAUGCCAACGUCAACGGUGUUGCCUUCCUGAUGAAGAAGAACAAGAUCGACGUUCACACCGGUACCGGCAAGGUCCUCGGGGCCGGCAAGGUGGAGGUCACCUCCGACGACGGCAGUGCGUCCGUCUUGGAAGCAAGGAAUAUCGUGAUCGCGACCGGCUCCGAUGUCAUGCCGCUGCCCGGUGUCGAGAUUGACGAAAAGCAGAUUGUGUCGUCUACCGGCGCCCUGGAACUUGAAAAGGUUCCGGGCAAGCUGGUUGUCGUGGGUGGCGGCGUCAUCGGCCUCGAACUGGGGUCCGUUUGGAACCGGCUCGGAUCAGAGGUCACCGUGGUUGAAUUCAUGGACAAGAUCCUUGGUCCGAUGGACGGGGAUGUUUCCAAGAACUUCCAGCGGAUGCUGAAAAAGCAGGGCAUGACAUUCAAGUUGUCGUCGAAGGUCACCGGCGUCACGAAAAAGGGCAAGGGCCUUUCUGUCAGCGUCGAGCCCGCCAAGGGUGGAGACGCUCAGGAAAUCGAGGCCGACAUUGUCCUGGUCGCCAUCGGCCGCCGUCCCUAUACGGAAGGCCUCGGACUUGAGACGGCAGGUGUCGCUCUUGAUGAUCGCGGCCGCGUACAGAUUGAUGCGCACUACAAGACGAAUGUCGACGGCAUCUAUGCAAUUGGCGACGUGGUUGCCGGACCGAUGCUGGCACACAAGGCAGAAGACGAAGGCGUCGCGAUUGCCGAAAUUCUCGCAGGUCAGGCCGGACACGUGAACUACGAUGUCAUUCCCGGGGUCGUUUACACCCAGCCGGAGGUGGCCUCUGUCGGCAAGACCGAAGAGGAACUGAAGGCAGGCGGCGUCGAGUACAAGUCCGGUAAAUUCAACUUCUCCGCCAACGGCCGGGCUCGUGCCAUGAAUCACACCGACGGUUUUGUGAAGGUACUGGCAGAUGCCGCGACCGACAGGGUCCUCGGUGUUCACAUCGUCGGCUUCGGCGCGGGCGAGAUGAUCCAUGAAGCAGCGGUUCUGAUGGAAUUCGGUGGCUCUUCGGAAGAUCUGGGGAGAACGUGUCACGCGCACCCGACCAUGUCCGAAGCGGUCAAGGAAGCCGCGCUUGCCACUUUUGCAAAGCCAAUUCACUCCUGA